AGAAUGAGCCUUAGCAGUGUACCAACCACACCAUUUAUGAAGGAUAUGGAAGACAUCCGAGCAUCUUCAGGACCCAAGUGGAGUACUUCGGGACCAAUGACCCCAUUGACUCAUUCGAUGCAUUAUCCAUCACCUGCUACACCACAGAUACCAGGAGCAAUAUCAUUGGCAUCAACGUUAGGACAACCACAAGCUCUGUCUGGAGCUAUAAACAAGCCUACUCCACCUCUUGAUUUCACAAAUCAACAGUUUCCUCAGAGACCUCUACCAUUUGCAACACCGCGGUACGAAGAAGAUACAGGACCAUUGCCUAUGACAAAUAAUGUCCGGGAAACUGAUAUUUCAUCUAUUCAAAAUGAGCCUCAACAAAAUCAAUAUGCUUCAGUACAAUUAAUGCAAUCAGUGCAACCAGUGCAACCUACACAGCAACAACAGCAAAAGCAACAGCAAAAGCAACAGCAACAGCAGGAAUAUCCUGCUUUUAUUCAGGAUAUUAUCCGCUUAAAAGAGGAAAACGAUCGGCUUAGAUCGUUUAAGCAGGAUGUGUCAGACGUUUUUUGUGCUCUCAAUUUUGAUCUGGGUGGAAUAGAACCCAAGCCAAGUAAUAUUGAAGAGAUUGUGAGUGGGUUGAAGAGAAUGCUCUUGCGUAACAAGCCAGUGAGCGAUGGAGAAAAAGAAAAAUUUAUAAAGAUUGCUGAUUCCAUUGUAGAAUAAUAAUAUUCCAC